AUUCGCCAUACCAGCUUUGUUGGCCGAGUAAGGACAAAUCACAGUGACGAAGGUUUGAAGGUGUAAGCUGUAUAUGUGAUGUUGUUGCCACCUAUUUUCUGGGUAGAUCCGUCCAAAUUCAAAUCCUAAUUCCUGGGCUUUUCGUCUCCUUUCGUUCGUUGCGAUUCUUUUUCAUCAUUCUCAUGGGUUUUGAGUCGAUCACAACAAAAUCAUUCAGUUUCCAAAACUCUAAAUCCAAAUUCUAAGUCUAAAAAGCUGAUGGCAGAAGAGAAGAAGAACCCAAAAAGACAAUAUCAGCUCUGGAAAGGAAGCAAUAAAUUCUUAUGUGGGGGAAGAUUGAUCUUCGGUCCAGAUGUUGCUUCUUUGUGUUUCUCCGUGCUCCUGGUUGCAGGCCCUGCUGUAUCAUUCUGUAUUAAAGUCUACACCAUCAUCAACCACAAUAAACAACACCACAAUGAUCCUGGUUAUUAUUGGUAUGGAGUGUUGAUUCUAGCAGCAGCCCUCACUUGUUUAGACAUAACAUUUCUUUUGAUGACAUCCGGAAGAGACCCUGGUAUAGUCCCACGAAACACCUCACCACCUGACACAGAUGAAGGAUUUGACAUGAAUACCCCUUCAAUGGAGUGGAUCAAUGGAAGAACACCUCACUUGAGAUUUCCUAGAACCAAAGAUGUUCUUGUAAAUGGUCACACAGUCAAAGUCAAAUACUGUGAUACUUGUAUGCUCUAUCGUCCUCCAAGAGUCUCACAUUGCUCUGUCUGCAACAAUUGUGUUCAAAGAUUUGAUCAUCACUGUCCAUGGGUUGGUCAAUGCAUUGGACUGCGUAACUAUCGGUUUUUUUACAUGUUUAUAUCAACAUCAACCAUCUUGUGCCUAUAUGUGUUCAUAUUUUCAUGGGUCAACAUAGCUCAACAAGGAGACCACAUAUUGAAGACUAUGUCACAAGACAUUUUAUCAGAUUUUCUAAUAGUUUACUGCUUCAUUGCAGUUUGGUUUGUAGGGGGGCUUACAAUCUUCCACCUUUACCUUAUUUGCUCAAACCAGACAACAUAUGAAAACUUCAGAUACCGAUAUGAUAAGAAGGAUAAUCCAUAUCACAAAGGUGUAAAACAGAAUCUUGUAGAAGUCUUUCUUUCACCAAUUCCUCCUUCGCUUAUUGAUUUCCGGGGAUAUAUUCAAGAAGAUGACAGUAUAGUGAUGGAUCCUAUAAGUCCAAAUCUUGGAGCUACUUCAAAGGAAAAAAUUGACAUUGAAAUGGGAAGUAGUUUUGCAGAAGCAAGUGGGAUUUCGCUUCCUGAAAUUCUACAGCGUUUGCAUUAUGAGGAGUUAGAUGAGAGCAUGAGAAGUAAGGAGGGGAAUGGAAUUGUGGAUUCCGUUCCAUCUCCCUUCCUCUUUGAGGCAAAUGGUGUGGUUGUAGAAAGGAAGUCUUGUAUUGAAGUAGAGGAGAAGUGUGAUGAUGGAAUUAUAACUCCUGAAACCCACAUUGGUCAUCAAGUGUAGAGGCAACAAAUAUCCUGUUUCUUCAUCAAUAUAUAAAUUGAUAAGAAACUAAAAUUCCUGAAACCUUUACACUGUUUUCAUACAUUUUGCAGGUUUGACAUUCAAACUAUUUUUUGGCAUCAUCGAUCUAUUAUGUUUUUUUUUGUGCUUGAAAUGACAUUCUAGCGAUGCUGUUUAAUGCCAUCCUUCCCAACAUAAGUGCAGAAGCCUGCCAAUUUAUAUGUUGAAUUCAAUCUUGUUGUAAAUUCUGGAUGUAAUCAAGAACUCCCAC